AUGGCGUGGGCGUCGCGGCGCAGUUCUGCCGUCCAGCCGGCAAUCGCCAUCAGCCCCGACGGGAGUGCACUGUUUGUGGCGGACCUCGACAACCGCAAGAUCCGGCGGGUGGAGGUGGCGACGGGCGCUGUGACGACGCUCGCGGGCAGUGGCACACCAGUGGCCUGCCCAAUUGGCAUCGCCAUCAGCCCAGACGGGGGCGCCCUGUUUGUGGCGGACCAUGACAACCACAAGAUGCCGACGACCCUCGGGAUCCGAGCUCGGAAUGCAGAAAGAAAGAAAACGGACAACCCAAGGGAGGGAUGGGAGGACGGCACGCCGCCACCACACAGGGAUUUUAAGGAGAGGGGUGUGGUGCACUAG